AUGGGGAGGAAGGCUUUAUAUUGUGUUCAGGGGGGCGAGAAUCUGCAACUGGACCAGAGUGACCACACUGCCCGAGUCCAGGAUGGCCCGGAACGGCUUUCCAUUCACUUUCACCUCUGGAGCUCCAACCGGCAGGUCGUGGUGCACAAUGCAGCUGGCCAGCCAGGUCCGUGCAGGACGUGCGGGGACUUCCGUUGGCAUGGGCUCAUCCUGUGGAGAGGGAGCCGCCGGCCUGCCUACUGGUCGCGGGGUGCCCUCCGGUGCGCCUGGACCACCCUCCGGGGAAAUGGCGGCACUCACUCCCCAGCAUCCCGCAGGCAGCAGUGGUUCAAAAUCUUCAUCUUCUAUGUAAUCUUCUAUGGCUGCCUGGCUGGAAUUUUCAUUGGCACCAUCCAGGCCAUGCUCCUGACUCUCAGCAACUACAAGCCCACAUACCAGGACAGGGUUGCACCCCCAGGCUUAUCACACUCCCCACGCCCGGACAAAGCAGAGAUCAGCUACUCCAUCAGCGAUAAUACGACUUACAGUGCAUAUGUGGAACAUAUGAAGGAGUUUCUGAAAGCAUACGAAAAAGACAGCCAGGGUGACGAAAGCAAAUUUGAAAACUGCGGAGACAAACCCCAAUCCUAUACGGAGCGCGGAGAACUGGAGGGCAGUGACGGCGUGAGGAAGGCCUGCCGCUUCGAAAGAGAGUGGCUGAAGGAUUGCUCAGGAAAGAAAGAUGACACAUUCGGCUUCAAAGAAGGCAAACCCUGCCUCAUCAUUAAACUCAAUAGGAUUGUGAAUUUCAGGCCACGGCCUCCAGCUUCCAAUGACAGUAUCCCUGAGCCAAUCCACUCUAACUUUCAUGGCAAUCUGAUUCCAAUCCACUGCACAAACAAGAGAGAAGAGGAUGCAAAACAUCUUGGACCAGUCGAGUACUUCGGGCUGGGGGUUGGUUUCCCCCUCCAGUAUUAUCCUUACUACGGAAAGCUGCUACAUCCCCAUUACCUCCAGCCUCUGGUGGCCGUCAAAUUCAACAUCACUGUGGGUAUCGAAAUGCGCAUAGAGUGUAAAGUAUUCGGACAGAACAUCGAUUACAGCGAGAAGGACCGUUAUCAGGGACGUUUCGAUGUCAAAAUCACCAUCAAGUCAUGACCUUAGCUAUAAAAAAUAGCACUUUUUUUCUGCCCAUUUCAAAACACAGUAAUUUUAGAUGAAUAAAGACAAGUACAAAUUCAAUUGGGAAAAACAACUACGACAACUAGUCUUGAACAAAGUUUCAUAACAUACGGGACCUACACUUAAUCUGUAUGCUUUACACUAGCUUUCUCUGCAUGUCUAGGGUUAGAAUGUAAAUUACAGGAAGAGUAGCAAUAGCAAAGUAUUUAUUCUACUGUAAAUGAGAAUAUUCCGUGAGCCAUGGGACAUUCAUUUAUUACUGUAAAUUAUAAUUCCACUACUGAUGUAGCGAGCAGUGUUUCUGUCCCCUGAAUAUUUCUGCCUAGUGUGGUCUCUUUAUAUUUUAUGGAGUGUACAGUGCAGUAGUCGCAUACAAUGGUCCUUUCCAAGCCAUGUUGUCAUUUCUGUUGUCUUAUGCCAGAAAGCCUUAGUGGUCCAAGGGGUGUGUGUGUGCGUGUGUGUGUGUGUGAGAGAGAGCGUUUGAGUGUGAAUAUUCGUCUACUUAAAAACUGAAAAACUGGCAUGGUACGCUCUGAACUCCCCAGGUCUGUGUGUGUUUGUACAUGACUGCACUCCGUUCAUACAUUUUUAUUUUUUUCCCCCUUUUCUUUUCAUCUUUUCCAUUGAUUGUGGGGAAUAUG